AUGGGUGACCCUGCUACUCCAUCAUCCUCUCAACAUCCUGUGAUUCCAGUUGCUUCUCCAUGCAAGGUGGUGAACUCGAAAAACGCCAUCAUUGGCGUCAUUUACUCCACUUGGGAGGUGUUGUGCGAGGCCAAGCCUCUUAAUUCAGCCGUGGAUUUCGAAUUCCUGAUAUGUGAGUUUCUUUCUGCCCUGCAUGAUCUUCGCGCCUUUUCAGACUCGGUAUCGCAAACACGCUAUACCCAGUUUUGCCAAAAAGCCCAGGUGCAUCUCGACUCCUUCGUUCAACCGUUGUGGCUAUCGUGGUGCGCAGAGUUGAUCUCACCUGAGCGGGCCACUGCCUUCUCGGCGAACAAGGAACUGAGCCCCCCUCCGGCGACUGAGGCUUCUGCACGUACUCCUUCUGAUACUGGGGAGGUCGUGGCCUCCGACUCUCCAACCGCUUCCACCGGCACCGACGAUACUCUUCUCUUAGUUGCUCUGGCCUCUUUUUCUGUGGUGGUCACACCUAUCACAGCUUCUGCUGCUCUUCAUGAUCCUGUCCCAAAGUUCGAGUUUCAGGCUCAUGCGACCAACCCAGUCACUAUCGACCCUCCUUCUGACUCUGACAUUGCAGCCAUGGAGGUUGAUCCUCCGCUCGCUACCGUGGUCGAUAAACCUACCUCUGCACCUGUCUCCGAGACCAUCGAGCUCUCCAGCAAUGAUGAGAAUGACAGUGACAGUGACGAGGUUAAGUUCGUGGGUGGCACGAUCCCCAACUUGUCUUCAGCAUAUCCGAAGAAGGGCAAGGGCCAUGGUCGCAAGUCUGUCAAGGCUUCCAAAAUGACUACGGCCUCAGAGGACCAAGUACCUCCUGGCUCGGCAAAAGCCAUCUAUCACCUGUUUGUCCCUGACAUUGACGAUGCUGAUGGCUGGCUUUCGCUAAAGAAGCUGUACCAUCAAAGGGACUGGCCACUGCCCAAGAUGCCAGAUGCUUCAGUGAUUGCAAAGGCUUUCAGUCACCAGGGUGACUAUGACAAGCAGAUGCGUGAUGCAAACACUGCUGGCAGUGAUUACACCGCAGAGCUCGAGCUUCUGCUGGACACACUGAUUGACGAAUAUGAGACUGCGAUUGCUCUAACCCCAUGCCUUUGUCCAGCCCAUAUCUUACCCGACACGCCCAAACCUGAUGUUGAGUCUGACGCUGAAGAUGCCCCUGAGGUUGUGACCGUCAAGCAAGAGAAGGGCACCACCGGACCAUCUCGUCGUAAGCUGGCAAUUCCUCCACCACCGCGUGGGUGUUUCAACAGGCCUCUCAAGCAUCCUCGCUUUGACGCCUCUGACCCUGAUGACAUUAUGAUGCAGCAUGCCCAUGCCGGCAUCAUCGUCGCUCUGCCGACCAGGGUCCUCAAGCCACACUCGUCGAAAGGUAAAUCCCAUGCAAAGGGCUCCUCCAAGGUUGCGACCGUGAAGUCAGAGCCGAUUCGUGCUUCGACAGCCAUCAUUGAGCUCUCUGCAGCUAGUACGCAACUCGAGCGAAUGAUCGAGCUUUCGCAACAGCUCCUCGAGGAGAACUGUGCCUUGAGGGCUCACAAGUCGUGA